AUUUCUGUUUUGGAAAUAAUACUACUCGCCACGCAACCAAUGAACACGCUCCGCGCGUGGCAUCUACUCCUGGGAAAUCUCCUCAUCUUUUGAAUCUAGAUACGAGCGAUUGAUAUUAUCAAGGCGAAGAACAGCCACAGCCACGGCCACAGCCACUAGUUGCGUCCCCUCAAAACUUCACAGAAGAAAACCCAACGGCCAGAUGACGACGAUGAGGAUGAUACCGACCCGAACUCCAAUCACCGGAGCGCCCAUUCCCUCCGCCACCUGCCGCUGUUCCCUCCCCUCCCCGCCGCGUUUAACUCACCUCCACCGCUCCUCCCUUUUCUCCCACCGCGCCACCAGAUUUCCCUCGAAAACCAACCCUAACAAAUCCGGUAACAAACUCCGCAACCCACUCACCGCCGCCAACGCCGAAGCCACGACCAGCGGAGGAGGUCCGGCCUCUAAUUUGUCUCCCCCGCCCCCUUCCACGAGCACCGACGACGCGUCUGUGUCUUUCGUCGGUGAGGAGGGCGUUCCCCUUGAGGGAGUCAUUCAGUUGGACAAACCUGAUUCUUCUUCUCUUAUCACCAAGUGGGGUCGUGUGGCUUUGCUUGCUGGGGGGGAUGUGUUGGCGUUACUUAUAUUUGCUGCGAUUGGAAGAUUCAGCCAUGGGUUCUCUGUUUUCGACACAGAAACAUUACGCACAGCUGAUCCUUUUAUUGCUGGAUGGUUUUUGUGCGCUUACUUUCUUGGGGGUUAUGGGGAGGAUGGACGAGGAGUGAAUGGUCAGUCUAAGGCUGUAAUUGCUGCGGCCAAGUCAUGGUCUUUGGGUAUCCCAGCCGGAAUAGCCAUAAGGGCAGUGUCGGUAGGUCAUAUUCCUCCACCCAAUUUUAUCCUAGUUACCAUGGGAAGUACUGCUUUGUUACUCAUUGGGUGGAGAGCACUAUUAUUCAGCCUUAUCCCUAAUGAUGAUAAGAGCAAAAAGAGUGAUAUGUACAGGCGUGGAAGCCCAUUUGAACUCUUUGAGCUGCUCACAUCGUUAGUACGAAGGUGGUGAUGAUAAUCAGUUCCUUCCUGUUCUACAGUGAUGUUAUUUUUUGCACACUUCCUUUCCAAGCUACUAGAAUCUAUACCCGACUACUCGUUGUGUCUACCAGCAACAAAUGUAACACCCGAACAGGUGAGGAGAAUCUUUGACGUAUUCGUCAUUUCCUUGGAAGAAUGAAAAUUUUGUGUUGCUGGAAA